AUGGCACAUGUCAAUCUCAUGACCGAUACCAUCAUUGCCAACUUGCCUGAAGAAGGCUUGCGAUCAGUCCUCAGAUCAAUGCUUGCUACAGAUCCCUCGAUCACGAAGAAUUUAGAACAGCGGACAAAGGUGUAUCUGACAACGCAGUCGGCAACGCCCAAGGGAGACCUUUUUACACAAGACGGAACCACUCCAGCUGUCACACCCAUCUUUCUAGCUCAGCAAGGCAGGAUCCGGGCAAUGAUGGGAUGUGGCAUGUGCUACGAGAGCAUUCCUCUUCUCGCAGCUAUUGUCGUCCAGACGAAAGACUUGGCUAUAUCAACCGUCGACAGUCCUGAAGUACAACAGGCCUUGACAGCCGUCAAUGGAGACAUUAUUCAAGCUCUCACCGCUGUACAGAAGACAUUGGUCACUUCCUCAGGCUUGCGGACACUUGAGGAUUCAGAGCAUCUCAUCAUAUCCAGUCUUCACCAAGCUCUACUCGAGGGUCAGCAGUCUCUGUCGCGUUGUGGCACUUAUGCUUUCGACCGGAGUCUAGUGGCGCUACAAGCUUCGGGACUGCUAUCAGAAGCUAAACAUAAUCGAGAAAGCGAACCUCAUGAAGAAGACCGUAUAACAAUAUCUGCUUUACCGGAGACUGUUGAAACAUUCAAACUGAACGGCAAGAGUCUUCCCCGAUUAUUCUGCGGCCUCUGGCAACUGUCCAGUCCAUCAUGGGGCUGUGCUCCAGUCACUCGCAUCCGAUCUCAAUUCGCGCAGUAUGCCUCACAAGGCUUCACAGCAUACGACAUGGCUGAUCACUACGGCGAUGCAGAGAUCAUCUUCGGCAAUUUCAGAGCAUCUUGUCAUAAUCCAGAAGCCCUGUUCGGCGCAACAAAAUACUGCAUUUUCACCCCGACAACCAUCACCCGCCAAGUCGUGCAAGCCAACAUAACGGAACGAUGUCAAAGAAUGUCAGCUUCUCAUAUUGACCUUCUCCAAUUCCACUGGCAAGACUAUAACGAUCCACAAUACAUCACUGCCUUACAAUACCUUCAAGAAGAUCCUCGGGUCCACAGUCUCGGUCUUUGCAAUUUCGACACGUCCCACAUGCUUGAAAUCAUCUCCAAUGGAACAGUCAAAAUUGCAACAAAUCAAGUUCAAUUCUCUCUCAUCGACUCCCGCCCUCUCAGUCGAAUGGCCCAAGUAUGCAAAACUCAUCAUAUCAAACUUCUCACUUACGGCACUCUGUUGGGUGGAUUCCUUUCGGAGAAAUGGCUCGAUGAACCGGAACCAGAGCUUUUCUCCUCGACUAUCACGCCCAGCCAGAGAAAGUACUACGAAAUGAUACUCAAUUGGGGUUCGUGGGAUCUUUUCCAGGAACUGCUGCACAUUUUAGAGGGCAUUGCAGGUAAGCAUGGGGUCAGUCUGAGUAACGUUGCAACGCGAUGGGUGUUGGAUUUUGAGUUUGUGGGUGCGGUAAUUGUGGGGACUCGAUGGGGCAUCAGUGACAACGCAGAAGACAAUUUGAGAGUUUAUGGACUGCACUUGGAUGAGGAAGAUCGACAACGAAUCGAGAGUGUUUUAAGGAGGAGUAGGAGGGACGUCAUUGUCGCUCUUCUCGGCGAUUGUGGAGGGGAGUACCGGUAA